GACGCCUCUUGGAAGCCCUCACCUUGAGCCCUACCCCACGUCUGGAUGCACUCCAGGAAGUGGGGCGAGAACCCCCCAGGGCCCAUGUCAGCUUCCCUCAGGGUCCUGCCCAGCCUGGGCACAGCACAUGGAUGGGGCAGGAUGCUGCCUGCCUGUUCUGGACCCCCGGCCCCCUGCUGAGAGCGUUGGCCCCUUCCUAGGGCCUCUGUGGGAGGGUGGGGCGGGGCCAGGCCUGCCCAGAGUCCACCUUCUGCUCCAGCCAGAGGAGGGUCCUGUAGGGAUCCCGGCUGGGGAAGGUGCAGGGGGCCUGGGAGACGGCCUCUCCGAAGCGGUGAAACCCUCACCCUUCCGUCCCCCCUACCACCCUCCCCUACACCCUCCCCUGACAGAGGGUGGCAGCCCCAGGCUCUUUGCAUAAUCCUGUGGCUUCGCUGUCUUCACCCAGCACCAACGGACAGGGAAGGGCAGAGAAGGCCACCAUGGCGACACUCCUCUCCCAUCUGCAGCAGCGCCCUCCCCUCUUGCGCCAGGCCAUCAAGAUAAGGCGCCGCAGAGUCAGAGAUCUACAGGAUCCCCUGCCCCAAACGGCCCCGGAGAUCCAGCCUCCGUCCCACCACGUCUCCCCCGAGCAGCGGGCCCUGCUCUACGAGGACGCACUCUACACUGUCCUGCACCGCCUGGGUCAGCCUGAACCCAACCAUGUGACGGAGGCCUCUGAGCUGCUGCGGUACCUGCAGGAGGCCUUCCACGUGGAGCCUGAGGAGCACCAGCAGGUGCUGCGGAGGGUCAGGGAGCUCGAGAAGCCAGUAUUUUGUCUGAAGGCAACAGUGAAACAGGCCAAGGGCAUUCUGGGCAAAGAUGUCAGUGGGUUCAGCGACCCCUACUGCCUGCUGGGCAUUGAGCAGGGUAUAGGUGUGCCGCCGGGGGGCAGCCCUGGGUCCCGGCAUCGGCAGAAGGCUGUGGUGAGGCACACCAUCCCCGAGGAGCAGACCCACCGCACGCAGGUCAUCACCCAGACACUCAACCCCGUCUGGGACGAGACCUUCAUCCUGUACGUGGCUGCACUCCAGCCCCCACUCUGUCCAGGUCUCCUCUGGGUAGCAGGGUCUCCCCCAGAUAAUGAGAUGAGUAGGUUGUCCUGGCUCGGGAGGGGGUUUGGCCCUGGACAAAGACUGGAGAAGAAGUCCAUCUCUAGGCACGUUAGAUGGACAGUAGGUCAGAUGGGACAGAACGACAUCAAUGCCACAUGUGCUGAUGGGGCAAGGAGGGUCGGGCCCUUGUGAGUGAGUCUGGGGGUGCCUGAAGCCAUACCUGAAAGGAGGCAGGGAUAGGUGCGGUGGCUCACGCCUGUAAUCCCAGCACUUUGGGAGGCUGAGGUGGGCAGAGCACUUGAGGCCAAGAGUUUGAGACCAGCCUGGCCAACAUGGCAAAAGCCCAUCUCUACUAAAAAUACAAA